UCGGCGAGACGUCUUCGGGUGCCGCCAUGGUGCAGGGAUCGUACAUUGGUGCCGACCAAGCCGGUGUCCGCAGCAUGGGCCCGGCCUUCAGGAGAGUGGGAGGGUCCGACGACCGGGAAAAGAGCAUUCGAGAGGCAAAGAGCUUGAUGCAGGGUUAUGCUCAGCAGCUCAACGUCAGCGACAGCUUGGUGACUGCCGGAACCCAGGUCUUCAAGCUGGCUUCCAGUGCCAAUUUUAUUCAGGGCCGUACGCUGACCAGUGUGGCUGCCGUGUGCCUCUACGCUGCGUGUCGAGCGGAACCGCCUUGCAAGGUCAUGCUAAUCGAUCUGGCUGAUUUGGUCCAGCUCAACGUCUUCAAACUCGGUCGCAUUUUCAAGAAACUGAACGAGGUGGUUCCCAUUGGCAACGAUGGCUUGAUCCCCGUGUACCCCGAGGAUCUGAUUUGGCGAUUUGCAACAAAGAUGGAGUUUCACCAAGAGACGGCAAAGGUCGCCGAGGAUGCUGUUCGACUUGUCAAGCGGAUGAGCCGAGAUUGGAUGGUUAUGGGCCGUCGCCCCUCGGGCAUCUGUGGCGCCUGCUUGCUCAUGGCGGCACGAAUGCACAACUUUCGAAGAACCGUCCGCGAAGUGGUUUACAUUGUCAAGGUCACCAAUCACACCAUCCAGACUCGCCUGCAGGAGUUCAAAUUCACCGAAUCUAGUCGCAUGUCGGUUGAAGACUUUCUGAAGCAGGACUUCCUGGAGAGCUCACACGACCCGCCUUCGUUUUACAAGCAGUCGGAAGAGUACAAGCAGAUGGCCGAGAGCAAAUCCCGGAAGCGGAAAAGGCCAGUGGCUGGAGAUGAUGAUGAGCCUGAAGGCGACGCGUCAAGGUCCAGAGCUAACGCACAACCUCGAGGAGGUGCCGAUCUCACCAAAGCCCCCGCCGUGGAGUACCGCCGUGACGAAGAUGGAUUCAUCAUCCCGCCUCUGCCAUCACAGAUUGCCGAAAAUCCUUCCCUGGUCAACAAGCUUCAUGCAAACACGGAAGAGGGAGAGGGAGAAGAGAACAACGUGGAAACACUGGACACCCUCGUGGAAGAGUUUGGCGACGCCUUGGACGAAGAUGCCGCGCAGGAAUCAUCCGGACAGCGUGGGAAAGGAAACAAGUCGGACAAGCCCCAGUUACCCAUCAACGAGGAGUGGGAGCAAGACGAACAGGAGUUGGAGGGUGUCAUUGAGGAAAUCUUCAACGAUCCGCUGACGUACGAGCACGCCAUGGCCUACUCGACCGCCGAACAGCGUGCGCAGAUUCACACCGUUUGGGCUCUACAGCAGCGGCCCCAGAAGGAGAUUUCCAUGUCAGCGGAUGUUACGGAGGAUGAGUUUGCCGACGAUCUCGAGGUCAUCAACUGUCUGCUGUCACCAGAGGAAGCACAAAUCAAGGAGAUGAUUUGGGUGAAUCAGAACAAGGAGUGGCUCCGCAAGCACCAGGAGAAGGUGUUUAGAAAGAAGCUCGAAGCGGAACGGCCGAAGCAAACCCGAAAGCGACGCAAGCGUGCCAGGAUGGGCGAAGGACAAACAAGCCCUGCCAGCUCUGCCGCCGAGGCAGCCAUCAACGUGGCCAAGGAUCGAGCAUGGUCCAAGAGGAUCAACUACGACGCCAUCCGCAACAUCUUCGACAUGCCCAAUGUCGGCGGUCCUGGAUCCGAGGCCACCAGCCGCAAGACAAGCAUGGCAGGCAGCACAUUCGGAGCCGACGACGCGAAUGAGGCGCCUGACGAUAGUGUCGCCGGCGAUGACGUGGGCGCUCCCGCUGAGGAGGAGGAAGAGGAGUACGACGAGACGGAGCACUACAACGAAGAAGGAGAGGAGUUUGGAGGAGGCGGGGGUGAAUUCGAGGGCGGGUUUGAAGACGACGACAAUCCUGACAUGGAUGCGGAGUAUGGGCUGGACGAAGAGUUUGCAUAAAAUGACAUGGGAGGUUUCAGCGGCGUUGAGGACGAAAAUUGGACCAGACAACGGGCGGAUAUUUUGAUACCCAGACGUAGAGGAUAGACGGGCUUUGCCAUUGCCGUCCACUUGAAGAUAAACAUCAUAGGAAUUGAUAAGUAGCAUAACCUUUACUUUAUGGCAUAAUUUUUACUUUAUGGCAUAACUUUUACUUUAUGGCGUAACCAUUUAGUUAAUGACAAAAAUAAUUAAACUCCAUCACCAC